CUUCAGAAUACUACGUGCUCCUUUCUUCUUCCUAAGCUCUCAUCCUGAAAGAAGGAGGAAUUUCUGAAAGAGUGUACCGUCUGUGAAUGUCUGACAGUCACGGAGAGGUGGAAACAAGUUAACCAACCAGCAUUUUCGACUGAAUUGGGCAUGGAUCUCCUUUGAAAAGGAAUACUACCUGGUCAACGAAGAUGCCAAAUUUCUAGAUAUUGUUCUUAAACGCAGAGGCUACCUGGGAGAAACUUCAUUUAUAAGCAUCACCACAAGGGACAGCACUGCAGAAAGGGACAGGGACUUCAAGGGCAAGGCCCAGAAACAAGUGCAGUUCAACCCGGGCCAGACCAGGGCCUCGUGGAGAGUGCGCAUCUUGAGCGAUGGGGAGCAUGAGCAUUCAGAGACCUUCCAGGUGGUUCUCUCUGAGCCUGUGCUGGCGGUCCUGGAGUUCCCAGCAGUGACGACUGUGGAGAUCAUCGACCCAGGCGAUGAAUCAACCGUGUUCAUUCCCAAGUCAGAAUACUCCGUUGAAGAAGAUGUGGGCGAACUGUUCAUUCCCAUCAGGAGAAGCGGAGAUGUCAGCCAGGAGCUGAUGGUGAUCUGCUACACAGAGCAAGGGACAGCAACCAGCACGGUGCGGACCUCAGUGCUGUCUUACUCCGACUACAUCUCCAGACCCGAGGACCACAGCAGUGUGGUCCGCUUUGACAAAGAUGAGCGUGAGAAAAUGUGCCGUGUGGUAAUAAUUGAUGACUCCUUGUACGAGGAGGAGGAGACGUUCCAGGUCCUUUUGAGCAUGCCCAUGGGCGGGAGGAUCGGUGACAAGUUUCCAGGAGCCAAGGUGACCAUCCUCACAGACAAGGAUGAUGAGCCGGUCUUCUACUUCGGGGAUGUCCAGUACUCGGUGGAUGAGAGUUCCGGCUACGUGGAGGUGCAGAUAUGGAGGACGGGUACGGACCUCUCCAGGCCUUCGAGCGUCACCGUGAGGUCCCGGAAAACAGAACCACCCUCUGCAGAUGCUGGAACAGAUUAUGUGGGAAUCAGCCGCAGUUUAGAUUUUGCGCCUGGCGUCAACAUGCAGACUGUCCGUGUUGUCAUUCUGGAUGACCUGGGAAGACCUGUGCUGGAGGGAAUUGAAAAGUUUGAACUGGUACUCCGCAUGCCGGUGAACGCUGCCCUUGGCGAGCCCAGCAAGGCCAUGGUGUCCAUAAAUGACUCGGCCUCCGACUUGCCUAAAAUGCAAUUCAAAGAGAGAGUGUACACUUGCAAUGAAAACGAUGCCCGUGUCGUGGCAAUGAUCUACAGGAGCGGUGACGUCCAGCACAGGUCCUCUGUGAGAUGCUACACGAGGCAGGGGUCCGCGCAGGUGAUGAUGGACUUCGAAGAACGCCCAAAUACUGAUGUCUCCAUUGUCACAUUCCUCCCCGUUGUUGGCGCAUCCUUCUAG